AUGGCUUGGGUUUACUGCGCAACGAAAAAAAAAAGGCUUCAUCAUCAUCAACACAGUAUUAAUCAAUAUACCUUGUGCCAAACCUUUAUUGUGUUUAUCAUGUCCCUUCCGAAUGUUCUGGCUAGAGGUGACGAAUUCUUGGGAGAGUACCCUCGAAAUAGUACUCUCUGGAGAUUCUUUUCUUAUGGUACAUGUGUCUUUACUAUAGGCAUGUCCAAAUUGAUAUUGAAAAGUCUCUAUAAUGUUAAGCUUGACCAUAUGGACAGAUUGGAUAAUGCUAUCAAUAGGUCGCAGAGUGAAAAUAGAGGUCUCCUGACGAUUAUGAACCACAUGUCAGUAAUUGACGAUCCUUUCAUUUGGGGUAUAUUCCCAUGGAGAAUUUAUAAAGAUUUAGACAGUGUUAGAUGGUGUCUUGGGGCUAACAAUGUCUGUUUUCAAAACAAAAUUCUGGCAACUUUCUUUUCGUUAGGUCAAGUUCUUUCCACAGAAAGGUUCGGUGUUGGGCCAUUUCAAGGUUCAAUUGAUGCUGCCAUCAGAUUAUUGAGCCCUGAUGACACACUUGAUCUUGAAUGGACACCCUAUAGUGAGACCCCAAAUAAACUAGUCUUGCCCCAAAAAGCUGGCUCUCUAGUUAAGACUAUAAAGGAAGAUUAUUUACCACCUAUUAAGCGUUAUAAACCAUCAUGGAUGCACGUUUACCCCGAAGGUUUCGUUUUGCAGUUGCAUCCUCCUUUCUCAAACUCAAUGAGAUAUUUCAAAUGGGGAGUCUCCAGAAUGAUUUUAGAAUCAACUGUGGCACCUAUUAUUGUGCCUAUUUUCACCACUGGCUUCGAAAAAAUCGCAUCAGAGGAGGCCGCAGGUUCAACAAUCAAGCGUUACAUACCUACUAAUUUUGGCGCUGAGAUCAAGGUAACAGUGGGUAAUACGAUCGAAGAUAAUGUCAUAGAGAAGUAUAGAGAGGAAUGGAGACAACUGGUGGAUAAAUACUAUGAUCCUAAGAAUCCAGUCGAUUUGACGCAAGAGUUGAAAUAUGGUAAAGAAGCACAAGAUCUACGCAGUAGAUUAGCAGCUGAGCUCAGAAAAUACAUCGCUCAAAUUCGUCAUGAUGAAUGUAAGUUUCCAGAAGAAGAUGCACGGUUUCAAUCAUCUGCCUGGUGGAAAAGCUACACGCUAACCGAGGGAGCAUCUGAUCCUGAUGUUAAAUUUAUCGGCAAGAACUGGGCAAUCAGAAGGCUGCAAAAAUUUUUAACUAAACAAGAAGAAAACGAUAGAUCCUCCCGUUGA